AUGUCGCAACUCCACUUCUCCUCGCCAGAUGGCAUCCAGUUUGAUCUACGCCUCCCGGACCAGAUUGACAACACUCCUGUACCCGACUACCGCUCGCAAGCAGAAACACCGCACAAGCCGACGCAGCAGACUUUUGCUCGCGCAUACUCCUCGCCGCCGACCAUCAAUCCGGCAAAACCUUGCCAUGCAUUCGGCAACCCAACACCGGUGGGCCUUGGUGGCUUCCUCCUCGCAAACACGCCCGCUACCAUGAUGCUGCUUGGCUGGCACGGCGCCGGAGGUGCAAACGGGAACGAGAGCGCGGCAGUCGGGAUGUUCUUCUAUAUGGGCUGUCUGCUGGAGGUUCUCUGCGGAAUUGGGGAAUGGAUCAAGGGUGAGACGUUCAACGCAGCUGUUUUCUUGAUAUUGGGUGGUUAUUUUGGAGCCUCUGGCGCAGUGCUCGUGCCGUUCUAUAACGCCAUCAGCGGUUAUGGCGCAGAUGGCAUAGCAGCACAGUUUGCAUACCACGACUCCUACGCCAUGUUCCUGAUCUUCAUGGGGGUGCUGCUGCUCUUCUUCACCAUCGCAUCUAUCCGACUGGACGUCUGCCAUGUGGUUCUCUUCGCCUGCUUCACGGCAUGCUUCCCAUGCCUGGCAAUGUCGUACUUCUACAUGGCCGAUGGUAAUGCCAGCACAGCACGCACGUACCGGAUAUGGGGUGCCGUUGUCUCUUUGGUCGGGAGCAUUAUUCUGUGGUAUUUGUUCCUAGGCUCACUGCUUGAUGCAGUCGACUUUCCAAUCGCACUGCCGCUCGGAGUGAACGGCGUGGUAUCCGGCGGCACGAAGCAUCAAUGUCUUGCGGACUUCGAGCCCCAAUCAGACUGGCUUUAG